GGGCCCCGGGUUUCCUGGGCUACUACGAUGGCGAUGAGUUUCGAGUGGCCGUGGCAGUAUCGCUUCCCACCCUUCUUUACGUUGCAGCCGAACGUGGACACUCGGCAGAAGCAGCUGGCCGCCUGGUGCUCGCUGGUCCUGUCCUUCUGCCGCCUGCAUAAACAGUCCAGCAUGACGGUGAUGGAAGCCCAGGAGAGCCCGCUCUUCAACAACGUGAAGCUCCAGCGGAAGCUGCCUGUGGAAUCAAUCCAGGUUGUGUUAGAGGAACUGAGGAAGAAAGGGAAUCUUGAGUGGUUGGAUAAGAACAAGUCUAGCUUCCUGAUCAUGUGGCGGAGGCCAGAAGAAUGGGGGAAGCUCAUCUAUCAGUGGGUUUCCAAGAGUGGCCAGAACAACUCCGUGUUCACCCUGUAUGAACUGACCAAUGGGGAAGACACAGAGGAUGAGGAGUUCCACGGGCUGGAUGAGGCAACCCUACUGCGGGCUCUGCAAGCCCUCCAGCAGGAGCACAAGGCCGAGAUCAUCACCGUCAGCGAUGGCCGAGGUGUCAAGUUCUUCUAGCAGAGACCUAUCUCCCUUUACUUCUUACCUCCCACCCUGCCAGGGCUUUCAAAGGGAGACAGACCAAGUGUCCCCACAGACUGGAUCUGUGACUCCGCCUGACUCAAAAGGGCUCUAGUCCACGGGUGGGUUUCCUGCUUAUCUCAUUUGUCUGUCCCUGGGAUCCGGUGAGGCUGAGGUGCCAGGGAGGGAAUAUGUGCUUCUCCUUGUCCCAACUCUCCUGAGCCAGGGUCUGAAACCCAGCACUUCAGUUGUGUCAUACACGUAAGUACACACACACGGCCUGCACAAGCUUCUGUCAUACAUGUAAGUACACACACAAACAGCUUGCACAAGCUUCUGUCUGUCAUACACGUAAGUGUACACACACACAGCCUGCACAAGCUUCUGUCAUACACGUAAGUGUACGCGCGUGCACACACAGCCUGCACAAGCUUGUCACACAGCCUGCACAAGCUUCUGACACACACACACACCCACACACACACACACCCCCACAAGCUUCUGUCUCUCUUCCCCCAACCCCACCCUCCACCCCCACCCCUUUAGCUGCUACUGCCUCCUCUCAGGCUGGUGCUGGAUCCCUCCUAGGGGAUGGGCAAAGCCCUGGCUGCAGGCAGCCCUCCAGGCAAUGUGAAGAUAGAAGGCCCAGGAGGGGACCUGGCCAUGAGAGCUGGGGCCCAACACUGAUUUAUGAUUAUUAAAAAGCUUA